UUCUGUUAGGUCCUCCGGGGAAGGUUAGGCGCAGUGAGGCCCCGCCCCUCUCGAACGCCGGAAGCGAAUCAGGUGACUGCGGUGGUGGCUGGUUCCCGAGACCGAAGCAGGCGGCUUGGAAGGGCUUCCAGAGCCCAACAUAUAGAGCUGGUAAAAGCAGGGCAGAUCUGGUCAGGUCCCGAGACGCUGAGUCCAGAGCGAUGUUGCUGAAGACAGUGCUCUUGCUGGCCUUGGUGGCCCAGGUGCUGGUUCUGGAGAACGGGCUCCUGCGGAAGCCACCCAUGGGCUGGCUGGCCUGGGAACGCUUCCGCUGCAACACUGACUGUAACGAGGACCCAAAGAACUGCAUCAGUGAGCGGCUCUUCAUGGAGAUGGCUGACCGGCUGGCACAGGAUGGAUGGCGGGACCUGGGCUACGAAUACCUUAACAUCGAUGACUGCUGGAUUGGUGGACGUGAUGCCAAAGGCAACCUGGUGCCUGAUCCCAAGCGCUUCCCCAACGGCAUGGCCUUCCUGGCUGACUACGCUCAUUCCCUGGGCCUGAAACUGGGCAUCUACGCGGACAUGGGCAACUUCACCUGCAUGGGUUACCCAGGCACCACGCUAGACAAGGUGGUCCAGGAUGCUCAAACCUUCGCGAAGUGGAAGGUGGACAUGCUGAAGCUGGAUGGCUGCUUCUCAACCCCCGAGGAACGGGCCGAGGGGUACCCCAAGAUGGCUGCUGCCCUGAAUGCCACAGGCCGCCCCAUCGCCUUCUCCUGCAGUUGGCCAGCCUACGAAGGGGGCCUCCCCCCAAAGGUGAACUACACUCUGCUGGCGGACAUCUGCAACCUCUGGCGCAACUAUGACGACAUCCAGGACUCCUGGAGCAGCGUGCUCUCCAUCCUGGACUGGUUUGUGACCCACCAGGACAUUCUGCAGCCGGUGGCAGGCCCUGGGCACUGGAACGACCCAGACAUGUUGCUCAUUGGGAACUUUGGCCUCAGCUUCGAGCAAGCCCGGGCCCAGAUGGCCCUGUGGACGGUGCUGGCAGCCCCCCUCUUCAUGUCCACGGACCUGCGUACCAUCUCCGCCCAGAACAUGGACAUUCUGCAGAAUCCACUCAUGAUCAAAAUCAACCAGGAUCCCUUAGGCAUCCAAGGACGCAGGAUUCUCAAGGAGAAAUCCCACAUUGAGGUGUACAUGCGGCCCCUGGCCAGUGAGGCCAGUGCUAUAGUCUUCUUCAGCCGCAGGACAGAUAUGCCGUAUUCCUACCGGACCUCCCUCGCCCGGCUGAACUUCACCAGCUCCAAGGUGUAUGAGGUGAGUGCCCUGCUACCUGCAGCGCUUUGGGUUUCCCUGAGGGUGUUGCUGGGUCCUACUCAUACGGGGGCUCCUUCACUCACACACCGUCCCCUAAGCCGUGGGCCUUGGGUCCUCUGGCUGGUGCUGUGCUCUGCACUGGUGUUUUCAAGCUACACAAAUGAACCACCGUGUGUAAAUGAGUCCCGUCAGCCCCCGAGGCCGCGUGUUUCCCCUCUGCAGUCUUGCUGGCACAUGUCUCAGGUUCUUGGUGGGCUGGGCCCGCACCACUGCCAGUACUUGGGCAUCUGUUGGCUUUGCCAGAGGGGAAGUCAUGGGGACUCGGGCUCCCACUUCUGUAGGGCAUACUGGAGGGUCAACACAGGCCAAAGUGCAGGCUCUUACAUCCCCUGGAGUGGGGGGCGGGGGGGGGUUGUCCCUGUGCAGCCAUUCUUAGGGUGGCAUAGUGCUGUGCUCCCCCCUGCAGGCCCAGAACGUCUACACGGGUGACAUCAUCAGUGGCCUCCGGGAUAAAACCAACUUCACAUUGAUCAUCAACCCUUCCGGGGUGGUGAUGUGGUACCUGUAUCCUAUCAGGAAGCUGGGGACGCCCCAGCAGUGAGGAGCUGGGACGUGUGACAGGCUGUGGCAGCACCACUGAGCCCAGGCCACGGAGGUUCCACGUGCUGAGGGCCAGUAGGUGGGGGCGUCUUCUACCCGUCAGACCCGAAGUGCAAUCUCAGGGCCGGGUUCUACGCCCUGCACAAGUGUGAAGUCUCUUGGAAACUUGUCUUGGGGAGACUUCCUGUGGCCUCUCUGGCCUCUACCUCAUCUGUUCAGCCCCAUGGAUGUUGCUGAACAACUCGGCCAGCCUCCUCAGCCCCCAUAGGCAGAGGCACCGAUACUUGUCAGGAUUCUAGCCUCUGACCUUCUUUUUACUGACUCUGAAAUCAGGAUUUGGAAUUUUCUUAAAAUUAGGAGUGGAGCUCUGACCUCUUGUCGGGAAGUCCCAUGAAUUAUUAUGUGAUCAACUUUCCUGCCCGGAGAAGGCCUUACAGGCUGACACUGCCUGGGAGUGACCUUGGUUCCUUCGGGUCACCAAUAAAGCUGUUCUUUAGUCAA